CCCGUCUCGUCAUUCUCGUCACCUUUCUCACAAAGCAACUCUUCCACUGCGUGUGUCAAUUGUCAAUUGCGCUUCGUCGGCCCACCCAUACCACAUGCCCUCAUGUUGCGAACGUCCAUCCGGUCAGCGAGGGCUCUAGGCCGCCGGCCUGCAGCGGCCGUUGCAGGCCGUCAAUGGCAGGUAGCUGGCACGGCGGCCCGCGGGCGACACUUUGCCGACAAGAAGCUCGAUCCGUCCUCUAAGCCCACGGUCCUCCCCAGCUCAGAGACGAACACGGCGGAGCGGAGCGAUAUCCCCAAGCCCGCCGAGCCCCAACCUACCAUCGCGUCCGAGGAUGUGCCCCGAACCCCUCCGAAGCCCGAUACCACCAGUGGCGUCUCUCCUGCUGUGGCGGAGAAGCCCACCACAAAGACGAUUACACCGCCGCCUCCCCCUCCUCCGGCCGCCGGGCGUCCCAAGACGGGCUUCUUCCGACGACUAAGGAACUUUGUUUUUACGCUCACCAUCCUAGGUGCCCUGGGAUUCGGCGGAGGUGUAUGGUACUCUCGAAUCAACGACAACUUCCACGAUUUCUUCACCGAAUACGUGCCGUACGGCGAACAGGCUGUCCUGUACCUCGAGGAGAUGGACUUCCGCAAGAGGUUCCAUCGCCUUUCCGACAGCAUGCACCGCCCGCGCGACACGGGGGCCAAGGUCACCAUCCCUGCGCAGAGCGGUGCUUCCUGGCGGGUGGCCGACAGCGGCGAGCAGGCCGGUCGGCACGCCAGCGCCAUUGACAAGGCCAAGGCUAGCGCUUCCAAGGAAUCCAAGGCCAAGGCUGAUGAUGUUUCUGUUCCUGCUGCUGCUGCUGCUGCUGCUCCUACCGCGGAAAAGGUCGCCCAGCCCGCGAAGGAGACCCCGGCUGCUGCCCCCUCGGCUUCUCCCGCCGGAGCUGCUCCCACCGAAACCUCGUCCGACAAGGUGGCCGUGGUGGUGCCGCCGGCGAAGAAGUCGACGACCAAGACCGAGGAGGCGUUCAAGGCGCCCGAAGUCAACGAACCGUCCCGGCGCCCCCCCAUCCCGCCCAUCGACCCGCUCGCGGUGAACGAUGCGAUGGAGCCGGUAGUGCAGGACCUGGUCCGCAUGCUCAACGACAUCAUCGCGGUCGUCAACGCCGACAAGGCGCACGAGCGGUACGGGUCGACGAUCGACAAGGCCAAGGACGAGCUGAGCAAGGUGGGCGCCAAGGUGAAGGACGUUAAGGCCGAGGUGGAGAAGAAGGCGGGCGAGCAGGUCAAGAAGCACGUCCGGGCGUUCGACCAGGCGGCCGAGGACCUGGUGACGCGGCUGGAGGCGGCCAUGGCGGCGCAGGAGGCCGGCUGGCGGGACCAGUUCAGCGACACGAUGCGCCAAGUGCACGAGCUCUACGAGGAGCGGUUCGCGCUGCUGCGGGAGCGGGAGCAGCUGAUCGGCAAGCAGCGGCUGCGCAACGAGCUCCUGCAGCAGGCGGUGGCGCUCAAGCGGGAGUUCCUGGGCGAGGUGCGGGAGCGGGUCGAGCGGGAGCGCGACGGCCGGCUCGGCAAGCUGGAGGACCUGGAGAAGGCGGUGGCGGACCUGGAGAAGCUGACGGCCGGGUGGAACGAGGUGGUGGAGACGAGCCAGCGCACGCAGCAGCUGCACGUGGCGGUGGAGGCGGUGCGGGCGAGCCUGGAGAAGGCGGACCACCCGCGGCCGUUCGUGCGGGAGCUGGUGGCGCUCAAGGAGAUCGCGGCCGAGGACCCCUUGGUGGACACGGCGAUCGCGACGAUUAACCCGUCGGCGUACCAGCGCGGCCUGCCGACGACGGCGCAGCUGGUGGACCGGUUCCGGGUGGUGGCGGGCGAGGUGCGCAAGGCGUCGCUGCUGCCGGAGGACGCUGGGGUGGCCAGCCACGCGUCCAGCUACGUGCUGAGCAAGGUGCUGUUCAAGAAGCACGGCUUGGCUGUGGGUAACGACGUCGAGAGCGUCCUCACCCGCACGCAGACGUACCUGGAGGAGGGCGACCUGGAUGCGGCGGCGCGGGAGAUGAAUGGGCUGCAGGGCUGGGCGAAGACCCUGAGCAGGGACUGGCUGGGUGAGGUUAGGAAGGUGUUGGAGGUGCAGCAGGCGCUUGAUGUCAUCUCAACAGAGGCCCGGCUGCAGAGCUUGCGUGUGGAGUAAGCGGGAAAGAAAAGAAAACGACGUCGACAGGAGCACAGAGGCAAUGGGAAAACAUGUUUUCUUUUCCUUUCUUUUCCUUUUCCUUUUUCUUUGUCUUGUACAUUCGUCCGGCUAUGCCCUCAAGACUUUUGAUGUUUGUAGAUGGGCUGGUGGUCCCGAGGAGUCGGGAUCAUGGCCCUGUGUAAGACAUAGCAAUAGACUCGAUAUGCAGUGCACUUUGGCUCUUGGUCUGUGGGAGUCUAAGGGGGGUUAUUCUGAUCGUGAUGCGACUCGUUGCGUUUUCCUGGUCUUUUCCUCGUCUUUUUGUACCCUUUUUUUUUCCUGCCCUUUAUAGUAAUAUUAGAUAGUGGAAGGUCGAUAUCGGGGCGUAACUUCGGUUUAAUUCCGGGAU